AUGGAGGUCUCGUCGUCUUCGGCGGCGGCGGAGGUCCCCCACUAUUUCCUCUGCCCGAUCUCGCUGGAGGUCAUGCGCGACCCGGUCACGCUCGCCACCGGCAUCACCUACGACCGUGCCAGCAUCGACCGCUGGCUCUUCACCGACGGCCACGCCACCUGCCCCGUCACGCGCCGCGCGCUGGCGCCCGCCGAGAUGGACGCCACGCCCAACCACACGCUGCGCCGCCUCAUCCAGGCCUGGUGCGCCGCGCACCAGGUCGAGCGCUUCCCCACGCCGCGCCCGCCGCUCGACUCGUGCCGCGUCGCCGCGCUCCUCGACGAGGGCCGACACGGCGGGGACCGCCAGGCGGCCGCCGCGCUCAGGGAGAUCAAGGCCGUCGUCGCCGAGAGCGAGCGCAACAGGCGCUGCGUCGAGGCCACGCCGGGCGCCGUCGACUUCCUCGCCUCGCUCGUCGCCAAGCACUCCUCCACGUCUAACGACUCUUCAUCCAAGCGUGCCAGCGGCCAGCAAGACGCCGCCGACGCCGACUUCGUGCUGGAUUCUCCGACCUCCACGAGCUCGCCGGCCGAGGACGCGCUCGGCGUCCUCUACUCGCUCAAGCCCUCUGAGCGGAGCCUUGCCCAGAUCAUGGAACGGGACGGAGACUUCCUCGACGCGCUGGCGUCCGUCCUGCGCCGCCCGAGCUACCGGUCGCGCGCCUACGGCAUCCUUCUCCUCAAGGCGAUGACGCCGGUCUUGACGCCGGCGCGGCUCAUGACGGUGAGCGCCGGCCUGGUGCAGGAGGUGGUGCGCGUGGUCUCGGACCGGGUGUCCUCCAAGGCUGUCCGGGCGGCGCUGCACGUGCUGUGCCGCCUCUGCCCGUGGGGCCGGAACCGCGUGAAGGCCGUCGAGGCCGGCGCCGUGGCCGCGCUGGUCGAGCUGCUCCUCGACGAGGGCGGCCGCCGCGUCUCCGAGCUAGCCGUCGUGGCCAUGGAUCACCUCUGCGGCUGCGCGGAGGGACGGUCGGAGCUGGUCGCGCACCCGGCGGGGCUGGCCGUCGUGUCCAAGAAGGUCAUGCGGGUGUCCGUAGUCGCCACCGAGAGCGCCGUGCGCGCGCUCCACGCCGUGGCCAAGCACUCGGCGACGCCCUCGGUGCUGCAGGAGAUGCUCGCCGUCGGUGUGGUGGCAAAACUGCUGAUGGUGCUGCAGGUCAAUGCCGGCGAGAGGGCCGGUCUCAGGGCAAAGGAGAUGCUAAAGACACACGCUAGGGUUUGGAAUUUGGAAGGACUCGCCAUGCCUCCAAGGCUCCAAACAUACCUGAGGGAUUCUUACCCUUGCUGA